CACGAAGGCGGGAGAGAGAAAAGGCCUCACGGUGCGCCAUGUUCAUCCACAUCAUCAUACCAACAGGGAGAAGAAUAGUUGUCGAAGCGGAUCGCUAUGAUACGAUUAAGAGGGUCAAGGAGGUCAUAGGUCAGAAGGAGGACGUGCCCGCCGAGGACCUGCGGCUGCACCACGCCGGCCAGCUCCUCGACGACGACCGCACCCUCGACCGCUGCGACAUCACCGAGGGCUCCAAGCUCACCCUCCGCUUCAGGCUGCGGGAGGACGAGGGCGGCCAGCCCACCUUCCUGCUGCACGUGGUCACGCCCACGGACAAGACCGUGAGCGUGGAGGUGGGCCCCGCGACCACCGGCCGGCAGCUGAAGACCCUGAUCCGCCGGGAGAGCGAGGAGGCCUUCUGGGAGAGCGAGCAGCAUCUGCUGGUGAGGGACCUGGAGAUGCAGGACGAUAAGACGCUGGCCGACUACGGCAUCACCAAGGAGACCGUCAUUCGGAUGCAAAACGUACCAUGCCUGCGUCUCCACAUCGGUUCAAGUCGAGAGAGCUGCGAGGCAUCGGCCUACUCGUGACUCUCCUAAGACACAAAAAAAGACGAAAAAAAGAAAAAAAAAGUUACCCCAAAAAAGAAAAGAAAAAAUGUCAUAGCACAGUAAUUUCUGUACUACCAGGCAACUGUAAAACAAAAGUGAUGCCCCCAGCGCCUCUUCGCGUCUCCGUCAGCGACUACAGGUUUUCCAUUCGUGCAUGACAGAUUUUUUGAACUGUUGUUCAGAAUUGGACAGUCUUUUAUUCAAAUUCAACCAGAAAUGUAAGAAAAUAAAUACUAACAACAAGAACAACAGCUAAUUAUUUGCAAUGACUGUGUGUAAAUGAAUAAUAAAUGUUUCAGUGGAUAUUAAUAAUUAUUUUUUUGAUUGUGUGAGUUUCUCAAUAUUGUUUUUUUUUGUUUUUUUUUGUUAAUUUCACUUUAGUUGGAGUCUACCAUUUGCAUAUAUUAUAUCCGAUGCACCUGAAUAGAUAUAUUUUACAUCCUAUUUAUAACUGUAUAUGAAUUUGUUCUUUGUUCUUAAUAAAAUAAAUGUACAGUC